UAAAUACUUAUUUUCCAUUCUCAUUGCAGUACAGUAGAUACAUCUGCUCACGGUACAGAUUAUUUUUUUUAAGCGAAGGCUCAGUCACGUGCAGACGGUUAACCAAUCCCAUGCAAGCAAGGGCACAGCAAGAUUUGCAUAGAGUGGAUAUAAAGACGCCGCUCUGUUCCGAGGAAGCCAUCUGAUAGUCAUUCCCUAACUGAUAAUCAUGCCUGAAGUAGCCUCCGUCAAAGCGCCGAAGAAGGGCUCAAAGAAAGCCGUCUCCAAGAGCGUCAGCAAGACCGGCAAAAAGAGGAGAAAGUCCAGGAAGGAAAGCUACGCCAUCUACGUCUACAAGGUGAUGAAGCAGGUCCACCCCGACACCGGCAUCUCCUCCAAAGCUAUGGGCAUCAUGAACUGCUUCGUGAGUGACAUCUUUGAGCGCAUCGCUGGUGAGGCUUCUCGUCUGGCUCACUACAACAAGCGCUCCACCAUCACCUCCAGGGAGAUCCAGACCGCUGUCCGCCUGCUGCUGCCCGGAGAGCUGGCCAAACACGCCGUGUCUGAGGGCACCAAGGCUGUGACCAAGUACACCAGCUCCAAGUAAACUGCUGCUGAUAUAGCAACAACACAAAGGCUCUUUUAAGGGCCACCCACUACUUCUAUAGACAUUCCUCUUUUUUGACGUUUACAAUUUAUUUUAAUCGCAUGUAUUAUGGUUCACUUGCAUGAUAGAGAAACAUGACAUUCAGCGGUCAGAAUGUACAUUGUAUGGAGGCUUCAAAAAUAUUGUGAUUGAAUGACGAUUUUUAUGGAGGAAUCGCUGCCGGAGAUCCCCACAUGAUCGUCUUAUAGUCUGGUUAGUUAUUGACUCUGACGUUUUGUAAGAAGGACAAAGUAUGGGUUGUAGAGCCCUAUUUCAUCACGGGCAUCCAAUGCAACAUAUCUCUGCAACAGCAUUCUCUGGCUAAUCCUACAGGACACAACACAAGGUUAUUUUACUCUAUUCCCUCGAGGCAACAUCACUGUACUGAAAGUAAUGUCUUAUGUUAUAAAGUGUAGGACAAGUCAAGUUACUUUUAUAUCUAAUUUAAAAUAAAAGUCCUUAAAGGUAUAACGAAGAUAUUGUUUAAAAUAUCCUUAAUGUAAUUCCAAACUGAUACCCUUGUAGCCCAUCAAAUGUGCUUGGUUUACUUUAUCAGGUAUGAUGUACUCUAUAAUAUACUACAACUUCUGAAUGCAUUAGAUUAAGAAAAUAGUGCCGAGUCUGCCGACUGACCUUCAACUACUCGCAUCUCAGUUGUGGUUUUUCACCACUGAGGCUGAGUAUCAUAUCAUACUGGGGUGUUGUUUGUUAUACUGCAUACAACAGACAAGUAGACAACAGACAUAGCUAAAUGUUACUUAUUUUCAGUGAAUGACUCCAACAAUAUCAAAACGAAGGAAGCUCUUAAGUUUGAAGUAGGUGGCUCUCAAAAGAGCUGUAAGUGUGGAUUUUAAUAUCAAUAUCUAUAUGUGUGUUGUACAAACAGGGAAACCAAAAUGCUGUUUCCUACUUCCCAAACAUUAAAAUAUAUACAUACAUAAAAUAAGAAUAAACAAUUCAAAAAAGGGACACAACAAUAAAUAUAUAAAAAUAGCAGUCUGUUAAACGAAAAUGGAUGCAUAUACGGCAGAGAACAAAUGUAUUAUGACAGUACAUGUCUAUACCAGUGGUGCAAUAACUGUCAAUAGCAGCUAGUUAGCCAAAAAAGGGUCUGCUGUGUGCGAACUUAUGCACAUGAAUAAUUAAAAAUAGCAGACAUUCUGUAGAGAAUCACCGCUACUGAAAUGUAUAGUUUGUAUUAGUUCCCUUUGAAUACACAUUCUUUGUAACAUAACAUCCAAGUGUUAGACAUGAAAUAUAAAUAAAUGUGUUGGCUGUGUUGUUACAUAUACUGUAGCUACAGUGUAAAUAGCUAUGGCAAGGAAACCUGGGUCACAUUUAAGUUGCUCUGAGAAAUCCUUUCCUGAUUAUUGAAAUACAUUUGGACCCAAUAAUUCAUGGUAUUUAUUUGAGCUCUUUUCCAAGCGCUCAAACCAUCUUACAUUAUAAUAGAAAUGUAGGCUAAUACAUCGAUUACUGUGGACAAUACCCACAGGAUACGGACUUGUCUCAAACUCCACUGUGUAACACAUUGAAUUUAUAUCUGAGCAACAUUUUCGAAUAGGUGAAUGUCAAAUACUGCAAGUAUCCUACUGAAAGUUAUUUGGGAGAUGUAAUUUGGGUUUUAUUUAAUGUACAACAAUAGGUUGACAUUUAUUCUCAACAACCACUAAUAUUGUAAUGUUACAUAAUUGAUUCCAGCAUGAUAGCAAAACACUUAUGUUAUGUGGGUCACUCGUAAAAGAGCUGUUGUUCUUCCAGGUUAUAUUUUGACCUGAAUUUUGGAAAUGUUUCUAUGAAAAGUUCUUAUUUUACAUUAAGUUCAUUGCAACCAGUGUUAAUGCCAGGGAGUUUUGUAUUUACAUUGUAUAACACUGUGCAGCCGGUCCUUCAACACAGAUAAUGUCACUAUCAGCGGUGGUGGCAAAAGGCCAUAGGGGCUUGGCCUGGGAACUUGAAGGUCACCAGUUCAAGUCCCCAAAAGACCAAGUGCUACCGUGGUGUCCCUGAGCAAGGCACCGUUCCCUACACUGCUCCCCGUACAUAAUGGCAGCCCACUGCCCCUAACACUAGGAUGGGUCAAAUGCAGAGACCUUCCCCGGGUGCUGCACAAUAGCUGCCCACUGUUCCUAUUCCUACGAUGGGUUAAAUGCAGAGGACAAAUUUCACUGCGUGUGCUCGGCUGUGUGCGUGUAUGUGACUAAUAAAGACGGUUUCAUCCUCCGAGUCUUCUAUCAAUCGUGUCAUAUUUCGCCGAGUGACAUG